AUUAGUUUUAUGAAAUACUCAAAAAUCCCUUUGACUACACCUCCUUUGUAUUUAAAGAAUAAUUUAGCAAGCACAGAUCAACACAUGGCUUUUUUAUCGUAUAACGCGGAUAAACUGAAAUUGAAUGUAGUCAAUAAGAAAAAUAAGUAAAACAUAGUAAUUAAUUUAGAGAAGUGCGAAUAAUAUCAAUAGAUGAUCAAUCCAUUCCUACAUCAAUCCAAUAUAUGUACGAUCAGACCUUGAUUGUUACUACAAUGAAUGGAUAUUUUAUUUAUUCAGAAAAUGGUCAGCAAUAACAUCAUAAGUUAAAAAAUCAAUUAGGGGAAAUCUCAUAAUACUUCAUUGGUGCUACGCUGAUAAACCCUGAAAAUUAGAAACCCUUUUAUGCAAUUGGAUUUGAAAAUAAAAUAAUCUUCGUGGACCAAAAGACACCGAAAUAAGAAUUCUUUGGUGUUAACCUCAAAAACAUUCAACCCACUUGCUUGACAAGUUACUAUUAGUAUUUGAUUUAUGGAGAUUCUAAAGGUAUAAGAAUGUAUUACGCUUAGGAUAUAUUCAUCAAAAUAAAUGUUUAGCAAUACAACAAGUUACAGAGACCAAAUCACUUAAUUUGCAGACCAAGGACACAACAAUUCUUUCCAUCUCAGUUUUGGAGAAGAAGGACACCGAGACAAAGGUGCUAGUAAUAGUCGGCGAUUUUAUUGGCAGAUUAACAAUUGUAGAUCUUAUGAAUUGGGAAAUCCUGAGUGUGAUUAAUUCUCACAUUAAACCAAUCACUUCUUUAGCAAUAAAUUAGUAACGGUACUAAAAAUAUCAAUUAUUAGUGAAUAUUUUCUGUCUGGCUCCGAUGAUACGUUCAUUAACAUUUGGAAAUUGAAUUAAAACUUAUAACCUUAAUUAAUUUAGUCACAUCAUUUGGAUGAUACCAUAAUAGUGGGAAUUACAAAUGAUAUCUUUGUUGCUGCAUAUGAUCAACAUGAAUUAAUUUAUAUUGAAAAUAAUUGA